AUGUGUCCCAUUUGUGGAAAGUUCUUCACGGUGUUACGCGAGCAUAUUCGAAAUCACAAUAACGAUCGCAAGUAUCAGUGCUCGUACUGUGCGAAAACGUUCAUUGGAAGGAGCAAUUUUUUCACCCACGUAAACAUCCACACACGGACCAAGUGGUACAAAUGUAAACUCUGCGACAAGCAGUACAUCUAUGUGAAAAGCUUGAAACAGCACAUGGCUAUCCACACCGGGGAACGGAAGUACGUCUGUACGAUAUGCAACAAAUCGUACCGUCAAAUGACAUCGCUGGCCCGCCACAAGCGAAACCACUUCGAGGAACCGCAGAUCAAAUGUUCUGAGUGUGAUCACUUGUUCUACACCAAUGGUGAGCUGAACAAGCAUUUUAAGAAACAUUUACCGGAUAGGCCGUUUGCUUGCGAAAUUUGCGGCCGUGCUUUCUAUCGGAAGUGCAACCUGCGAACGCAUAUGAAGAUACACCUACCGAAGACAAAAAGUGGACCAAAAGCGGACAAAAAGUCACCUGAUGGUGCGGUCAGCGAUGAAGAGGAUUACGAUACAUAA